AUGGACGAUACUUACCAUAAAACUGGUGGACCAGUGUUUCUCAUGAUUGGGGGCGAGGGGGCGGGCGACGCAACUUUAAGCCCCUUUUUAUUCAUGCUUGAAAUGGCCGAAAAGUAUGGCGCACUGGCCGUCACGUUAGAGCACCGGUAUUAUGGAAACUCGAUGCCCACACCAGACCUCACGGUUGAAAACAUGAAAUACUUGUCGAGUGAAAUGGCACUGAAAGACACGGAACAGUUCGCACUGUAUUUGACCAAAAAGUUAUCACUUGAAGGCAGCAAAUGGGUUGCGUUCGGGGGCUCGUAUGCGGGCGCUCUCGCGGCCUGGUUUAGGGAGAAGUACCCCAACAUAGCUGUCGGUGCCAUCGCCUCGAGCGCUCCCGUCGAGGCUGUGGUCGACAAUACGGGGUAUUUAGGAGUCAUGAGCGAGAGGUUGGGAAAGAAAUGUUCCGAUAAUAUUAGGUACAGUUUAAACGCAUCGCUCGAGAUUGAAAACCUGCUGAAAACACCAGAAGGUGUAUCAAAAUUACGCAAAUUAUUCAAUAUUUGCGAUACUUUUGACGGCAAAAAUAAACAAAAUAAUUGGUAUUUCGCGGAGGGUUUGUUCCUCGGGUUCGCCGUUACGUUUCAGUACUUCAAUGACGGCAUCGACGGUAUCAUUGAGACAAUGAACGACCCCUCAGGCGGUACACCAUUGGAGAGAUUAGCCGGUGGUCGUGACCCACACCCCGGGCCGUGUCAUAACGUUACCUAUGAUGAUCUGAUUGGACCGUUGAAACGCACCACAAUUGAUUACAAUGGCUCGCGACAGUGGGCUUAUCAAACGUGUACUGAAUUCGGUUACUAUCAAACCUCUGACCUCCCGAACAGUCCGUUUGCGAAUUUGAUUCCCAUUGAAUACUAUACCCAACAGUGCACUGAUAUAUUUGGCCCCGAAUUCACGGCUCAAAGUAUACAGAAAGGGGUCGACCGGACGAACGCCAACUACGGGGGCCUAAAGCCAAACGUUACAAACGUGGUGUUCCCUAACGGGUCGGACGACCCCUGGCACGCACUCAGUGUCCUUAAAGACCUCAAUAACAGUACUAAAGCUGUGAUGAUUGAUGACUACACCCAUUGCCAGGAUAUGUUUGGCUCAAAACCAUCGGAUACCCAGAGUUUGAAAAACGCUCACAAAUUGAUUGAACAACAAAUCGGGGAAUAUUUGAAAUAA